CUCUUCCUUCACAUGUUUUCGUAGCAACCCCCGAAUAUUAUAAAUAGGGCGCCCAUAGGAUCAUUUUCUGCAUCCCAUUUUUUCUGAGUGCAUUCUUCUUUUAGAAAGAAAUACUCUCAAACCUUUUCUCUAAAGAGUUCUGAACUUUUGUAGUUCGUUGGAUUCUCUAAAGCAGGUGGUGCUUUUGUAGAAUCGUAAGUCGUUGUAUCUUGGAGACGAUUGCCAUAAACCGUAACCACUUGAUAACGGGGCAAUUUCGUCUUGAGGAGAUUGUGUCUAACACAAGCCUCGACUUAACCCACUUCAAAAAUUUUCUUUUCUUUUGGAUAUUCUGUCUGAAUUUCUGAAUCCCACAUCUGCGGAUUCAACAAAACGAAUUUUUGAAAUUUCAGUAUGGUUGUUGAUGGUUGGACCGACAUUGUAAAACCGGAAAGUUGAUCUCUCUUAUGCUACUAGGCAAAUUAACAAUACAAAUUUUAUAUAAAAAAAAACACAUUUGCAUAACCAUAACCAUUAUCAUCACAUUUGUACAGUUUCUAAUCAAAUCAAUAUACGCAACCUUUAUAAAAAAAAUCAUUAUAAUUGAACCGAGGGCACUCGAUUGAAAUUACCCUUAUACCCUUCUGACAAAAAAAAACAUAGAUCUCUAGAAUCUUCCUGAAUGUGAAAAGUUCCACGCAUUCUGGAACCAACCAGAUUAUUCCCUCUCCCUCCUCUCUUUCUCUGUAUAUAUAACCUAGAUUUCGAAACACCCAAACGGAAGACAUUGUUUGAAGAAAUGUUUGGGAGAGGAGGUCAGCAGAAGAAGAGCGACAACAGCAGGUUCUACGAGAUCCUCGGAGUCACGAAGGACGCGACUCAGGAGGAUCUCAAGAAGGCUUACAAGAAAGCCGCCAUCAAGAAUCACCCCGACAAAGGCGGCGACCCCGAGAAGUUCAAAGAGAUAGCGCAAGCUUAUGAGGUUCUAAGCGACCCCGAGAAGCGGGAAAUAUACGAUCAAUAUGGAGAGGAAGCUCUCAAGGAAGGAAUGGGUGGAAGCGGCCCAACCAUCGAUCCCUUCGACAUUUUCUCGUCCUUCUUCGGUGGUGGUGGUAGCAGCAGAGGACGGAGGGAGAGGCGGGGAGAGGAUGUGGUUCAUCCACUGAAGGUGUCUCUGGAGGAUCUUUACCUCGGAACUACCAAGAAACUCUCCCUUUCCCGGAAUGUCAUAUGCUCGAAAUGUAACGGAAAAGGAUCGAAAUCUGGUGCGUCGAUGAAGUGCUCGGGCUGUCAGGGCAUCGGUAUGAAGGUGACAGUAAGGCAUCUCGGCCCGUCUAUGAUCCAGCAGAUGCAGCAUGUUUGUAAUGAAUGUAAAGGUACGGGCGAAACUAUCGACGAGAAAGAUCGAUGCUUGCAGUGCAAGGGAGAGAAAGUUGUUCCGGAAAAGAAAGUUCUCGAAGUUUUCGUCGAAAAGGGUAUGCAGAAUGGUCAGAAGAUUACCUUCCCAGGCGCUGCUGACGAAGCUCCUGACACAGUCACAGGAGACGUAGUGUUCGUGAUUCAGCAGAAAGAGCAUCCGAAGUUCAAGAGAAAGGGCGAAAACCUCUUCUACGAGCACACACUCUCUCUCACGGAAGCCUUAUGCGGCUUCCAGUUCGUGCUGACUCAUCUCGACGGCCGACAACUUCUCAUCAAAUCGAAUCCCGGCGAAGUUGUGAAACCUGAUUCGUUCAAGGCGAUAGACGACGAAGGAAUGCCGGUUCACCAGAGACCCUUCAUGAAGGGUAAACUCUACAUUCAUUUCAUGGUCGAGUUUCCGGAUUCUCUGAGCUCAGACCAGGUUAAGGCCCUUGAAGCAAUAUUGCCGCCACCGAGAACGUCGAGCCAAUUCACCGACAUGGAGCUCGACGAGUGCGAAGAGACGACGCUCCAUGACGUAAACAUUGAGGAAGAGAUGCGGAGAAAGCAUCAGCAGCCUCAACGGGGUGAGGCGUAUGAGGAAGAUGGUGAUGAUUCUGGUCAUGGUGGUGCACAGAGAGUUCAGUGUGCGCAACAGUGAUUGUAUUUUCCGGUUUGGUUCAUCGGUUUGGGAAAACCGGGUUUAUGAACCGGGUAAUCGAGCCCUUUGUUGUUGUAAAAUGACUAUAUGUACCCGUAAAUUGAUUUUGUAUAAUGUCGUAUUGGGUAUAUCUUCUCGUCGUUACUCUUUUCCAU